AUAAUGAUUUAAAAAGGCAUCGGUUUGCCGACUUGUCGCUCAAGAUAUCUCGAUUCAUUUUUUUCCACUGGAAAUCAAGCAACUCGAGACUCCCUCGAUCUUCCCUGCUCGACGGCUCUCACAACUCUCUCCCAAGAUUACUAAAGAUUUGUAGAUUGGUGUGAGCUUUGUGAUGGCAACUGAACUGAAAGCAGCUUCUGAGGAAGUGAAAGUUGACCUCUUUGAGGAUGAUGAUGAGUUUGAAGAGUUUGAGAUCAAUGAAGAAUGGAUUACAGAGUGGGAAGUGAAGGAAGGCAAAGAAAUUACUCAGCAGUGGGAAGAUGACUGGGAUGACGAUGAUGUCAAUGACGAUUUCUCGUUGCAGCUUAAGAGAGAAUUGGAGAACAAUGCUGAGAAAAAAUGAAGACUCUGGGCACUUUCUUUUUUAUCUGCCAACAUCUUUGUUUUAUUUGCACUGUUUGACCUUUAAGAUGGUUUGUUAUGCCUUCGAGCUCUCAAAUAGUGUCUCAUUAAUAUUCUCAGAUUCCUAACCUGAAACAUUGUUGGUAUUUAAGAUUAGCAUAUUGAACACCUGUGGCCGUUGGCCCAGAUGAUAAGGGCAUUCAGUUAAUUUGGUGAUAGUCUUUGCUUUUACAAGUCACUUCA